UUAACACUGUUUCCCCACCCCCAGCCAGAGGACCUGAUGAAUAUGCAGCAUUGUAACCUGCUGUGCCUUCCAGAAAACUAUCAGAUGAAAUACUAUUUCUACCACGGUCUGUCCUGGCCUCAGCUCUCUUACAUUGCUGAAGAUGAGAAUGGGAAGAUCGUGGGCUAUGUUCUGGCCAAGAUGGAGGAAGAUCCAGAUGAUGUCCCCCACGGACAUAUCACAUCCUUGGCUGUAAAACGUUCCCACCGCAGGCUAGGCCUAGCCCAGAAGCUCAUGGACCAGGCCUCCAGGGCCAUGAUUGAAAACUUCAAUGCGAAGUAUGUCUCCCUGCAUGUCAGAAAAAGUAACCGGGCAGCUCUGCACCUGUAUUCCAACACACUAAACUUUCAGAUUAGCGAAGUGGAGCCCAAAUACUAUGCUGAUGGGGAGGAUGCCUAUGCCAUGAAGCGAGAUUUGACUCAGAUGGCAGAAGAGCUGAGGAAGCAACUGGAGGUGAAGGAGAAAGGCAAACAUCUGGUCCUGGCCUCCCUGGAGAACAAGAUGGACCCCAGAGGCAACCACGUGGGGGACUGCUGCCGAGACGAGAGGGGCCUCCUCGGCCCUAGCCCCAUAGCCGAGGACAGCAGCGGCGGUGACAGCAAAGACCUCAGUGAGGUCAGCGAGACCACCGAGAGCACUGAUGUCAAGGACAGCUCCGAGGCCUCCGACUCAGCCUCCUAGAGUCCCUCGGCAGGAAUCGGUCCUGCUGUUCAUAAGCCACCCCCAUCUCUGUGUCUCCUGCCCUUGUCCUUCUCCCCCAAUCACACCUUCCAAUUAAAUCAUUUUGGGGCCCUGGGGGCUGCAUCACUCGAA